AACUCCAACUCGUUACAAUGUCAUUCACAUGUACAUUUUUCGAUUUAUAGUUACAUUUUUGCUGGUAAUUUUUACAAGCUAUUUCGUGGUUUUUCCGACCAAACCAAUGUUGGUUUGGUAGGGUGCCCUAUACAUAUAUACAGUGUAGAGUUUUAGUUUGGUUUGUAGUGUAUACCAAAAACUGUAUUGUAGCUUUAUAGCAUUGAAUUUUGAGAAACAUGACUCAAUUGUGUCUGUGUCUGUUCUUGUAGCCAUUUGCCAUCAAGUAGAACAUGUUGCAUCUUCAACUGAUAAUUAAUAGAAUUCUAAAUUUGAUAGCAGUAAACACGAUCAUUAAUUUUCUUGGAGAAAUGUUCUGUGCAUGUGUGGGAGAGAGAAUUACUGAAUAGAUCACAUUUCAAAUGCAGGAUCACUUAUAUCUUAUAUCUGUGGCACACUACUAUACUGUUACUCUAUCCAGUCCUUCAUAUAAAAUGUUUGCAUGCACAUUAUAGUCUGCACCAUAUCGUGUGUGUAGAGACUGUUAGACUUAUAUCUUAUAUCUGUGGCACACUAUACUGUUACUCUAUCCAGUCCUUCAUAUAAAAUGUUGCAUGCACAUUAUAGUCUGCACCAUAUCGUGUGUGUAGAGACUGUUAGAGCUAUCAGAUACUUGAUAGUGAAUGUAAACAGUUCUUGGGGUUGUUUGUACCUACAAAAAGAAUCUCGUUUUGGCCGUAAACCUAUGACAUAUGCUUUGGGUGAUUCUAAGUGUGUUCUUCAAAUGUUGCUAACAUUAUUGUAGAAAUACUGCUGUACUUGGGUCCAGCUAGGAGUGUUUGUGCCUCCUGUUGGGCAAAUUAAAGUAUAUUUGUGUUGAGUUUGACCUUCAUAAAGUUAUCAUAACUUUUUUUCAUGCUUCAAAGUUUCAUAUACCAUUGGAUUCCUUGCGCUUCUAUCUAUAUUAUGCUGUAUAGAGCUGAUAAGCUCCAACCAGUUAAAAGUUAGCAUUUUCCAUGUAGAAGUCCCAGGCAUACUUGUCCAUCACAUAAAGCAUAAAUGAAGCCAUAAUUGACCAAAUCCGGGGUUGAACUCAACGCAAAUAGACUUUAGUAUUUUGUAUUGCUUGCAUGGUUGACUGUAUUUGUGCAGUGUGAUUGUUGUGUAUAACAUAUAGUUUAACUGUUUAGUAAUCCUUGAGUGCCAUGUGUAUGUGUGUGUGCAUGUGUAUGGGUCUAUAGAAACAUAUCAAAAAUAUUAUGUCAAAUUUGGUUUAAUUUGACAUGUCAGAUAGGAAUAUUAACCGAUUAGUCGCGGUUUACGCUUUGAACCCGCGGCUAUCAAUAUUGACACUUCAAAGCGUCAACCGCAGCAAUAAUCGUAUAACUAUUAACGUACACUUAAUGGCUUGCUCUGCAUGUGACCUGAGCUGGCUGGCAUGUUUGGCUUAAUGGAAUCUAAUUAUCAUUUCUUCCUAGUACUGCGUGAUCCUAAAUUGUGUGUUGUUCUUUCCUAGUAUACUCAGUAUUCAAGCCUAAAGCUGUGGCUAUUUAUUAUUUGUGCCUUAACCCUUUCUCAGCUGCCUUGAGGCGGCAUUGCAACUGAUAAACUUCGCUGUGCACGCUAUAGGUAGAUCUGUUAAUAAUUAUGCUGACACGAGGUAGGGUUCGAUUAGAAUUGUCGAAAGAAUAGUGAUAAUAAUUAUAACUAUAAGAUGUUGGUAGUGCAACCUCAGAGAGGGUCCAUGGAGAGCACAGCUAUACAGUGAGAAUAUUGUAAUGCUUGUGGGAUCAUUGAGCCAAAGGACAGUGAAUGGGAUCAUAGCUAGCUACGUUUUCAGAAGUGCCACAAAAGUAUAUGUGGGCCAUGCAUGUUCCUGGACCUUGUAAGUAUCAUUUGCUUGUAGCCUUGAUAGCUUUAGUAUAGGUUUACGUUUGGUAUAGGCUAGUUGUCUUAUGUGUAGGUGAAAAAAACAUUUCCCGGGAAAAGAGCGUGUGCUUGAUAGUACCUCGUGCCUUCAUACAAUAUUGUUUGAUUAGUUGGGGUGGUCAGUUGCUAGGUUACGAUGGUGUCAUAGCACAUCUGGAGUCUGGGUUACUUACAUGCACUCUACUUUGCAAGUCUUUCGUUUGCAAUCAAAAGAAUACAGUAUGUGAUAAGCUGUUUUGAAGUUCUUAUCAUCAAUUGUAGUAGCUCAAAUGUUUCUGAGAAUGAAAGUGUUGCAUCGUAAUGUCUUUACCUGGCCAUGAUCAUUUCUUGGAGGUAUUUUCUUGUACAGUCUCAGAUAUCAAAUGUGUUUACAUUAUAGAUCUCUUCUCACCCUUGACUGUCGUCGAUACACGUGAUUGUCUUGUAGUUUGAGUACCUGGUUGUGUAUCUAACUGGUUAAUACUCCUCUAUAGUGAACACCACUUGCACAUGCGCAUAAAAUGCCCUGCUAUUAAACUUGUACAUUUGUAAGAACUAUGAAUAUAGUAUCAUUAGUGUACUGGCCCUGCCCACAUAGUCUUGUAAUUGGCAUUCAGAGUAGUGCAUACUGUCAGUGACGCCAAACUAUUGAACCGUGACGUACCAUGAGCUGCUGUUUACAUGUUUUAUAAUGAUAUUCAUAGCACAAUUUGUACAAGUGGAUGCAAUUGUUGCCAAUGGUCUUGUUCUGUAACAUGAGAGUGACAUGUGUGGGGCUCAAUGUGUUUAUAAUUAUCAUUUCUUCCUUGUACUGAUCCUAAAUUGUUCUUUGCGUAUUCAAGCGUAUAUAAAGCUACAGUUAUUCUCUGUGCUUUAACAAAUAUUGAUAUCACGAUGAAGACUCUUAUGCUGCUCGUGUCGAUGGUCCUGAUAGGACUUGCAAGUGCUGCUCCUCAUGAAGGACAGGAGACCAGAGAAGCAAUGCUGAAGAAAGCCGUCUCAAGCUUGAUUGAAAAAGCUGAGGAUUAUUUGCUGGAACAAUCAGCUGUAGAAGAUGACAACGAAGCAAUGUUGGAGAGAUACGCAAGCUUGAUUGAAAAAGCUAAGCAUCGACAAGAAUAUCCGCUGGAAGAAACUGUAGAAGAUGACAACAAUGCAAUGUUGGAGAGAUAUGCAAGCUUGAUUGAAAAAGCUAAGCAUCGACAAGAAUAUCCGCUGGAAGAAACUGUAGAAGAUGACAACGAUGCAAUGUUGGAGAGAUGCACAAGCUUGAUUGAAAAAGCUAAGCAUCGACAAGAAUAUCCGCUGGAAGAAACUGUAGAAGAUGACAACGAUGCAAUGUUGGAGAGAUAUGCAAGCUUGAUUGAAAAAGCUAAGCAUCGACAAGAAUAUCCGCUGGAAGAAACUGUAGAAGAUGACAACGAUGCAAUGUUGGAGAGAUACGCAAGCUUGACUGAAAAAGCUAAGCAUCGACAAGAAUAUCCGCUGGAAGAAACUGUAGAAGAUGACAACGAUGCAAUGUUGGAGAGAUACGCAAGCUUGACUGAAAAAGCUAUGCAUCGACAAGAAUAUCCGCUGGAAGAAACUGUAGAAGAUGACAACGAUGCAAUGUUGGAGAGAUACGCAAGCUUGAUUGAAAAAGCUAAGCAUCGACAAGAAUAUCCGCUGGAAGAAACUAUAGAAGAAGAUAACGAAGCAAUGUUAGGGAGACGUAUCUCAAGCUUGUAUCCGUUGGAAGAAGUGGGAGAACAAAAAGACAAUAAAGAAUCUGACCAGGAUGCAAAAACAGUUGCUCUUAUAAAGAUGAUUGAAAAACUAAUGGACGCUAAACAGCUUGCAAAGGCCGAGGAGAGGUGCAUGUGUUAUGUGGCCCCCUGUCCUCGCGGCUGUCUCGACAUGACCAACAAGAAGUGAUUGAGAUAGAUUCCUGAAAUGGCAGUUGAACUUUAAUGAAACUUGUAUUGUGUAGAGUUUUAGUUUGGUUUGUAGUGUAUACCAAAAACUGUAUUGUAGCUUCUUUAUAGCAUUGAUUUUGUGAAGAAACGUGUCUGUUUUUGUAACCAUGAUCAUUUCUUGACAAAUCUCUUCAGUUCUUAGUGGGGAAGGGCCGGUUAUUGUGUAAGUGUUCUCACAUCUUCUUCUCAGCCUAUAAAUGUAAUGUCUGUAACAGACAAAUUGUGAAAAGAUACUCCUAGUCAAUCGGGGUUAGACGUUCAAAAAAAUUCUAGCCAUGUAAACUUACGUUUAGGUGAUCUAAUUCAAGUAUGACUGUUAUACUAAUUGCAAUCAAACUAUAAUGUAUACUUCAUUUUUAUGGAGUUAGUCGAUCAUUAUAGUUGAAUUCAUUAUGUGUAGUGAAGUGGUGUGGAAAUUGUCAGGCUCAUGUGUGCUGUGUAGAAAACCAAUGUGUUCAGUUUGAGAGUUAAAAUACUACAUACCGCCAGUUAGUUGCUCUUAUAUUGAAGGCUAUAAUUAUGCAUGGGUGCCUAUAAUUAUACAGAAAACAAUCAAGAAAACGUGGCUAGAAGCCUAUAGAAGCGGUUAGUUUUCGUCGCAUUGCAACAGUUUAGCAGUUACAUGCAGGGAACAGACACACAGUCACAGCUUUAUCGUAUUCCUCGUGCGGCUACGCCUCGAGCAUAAUAAUCAGUUAGUCAUGUAGUACUAGGAACUCUAUUGUGCAUGGUCAUGCAUGGGUAUACACCAUGUAUAUACUUUAAUUCUUAUCCUUGGUGUUAAAUCUGUGUAGGUAAGUGUGUCGUAAAGUGGUGUGGAUUUUGUCAGGCUUGUGUGUGUGUGUUGUGCUAAGUGUUCAGUAAAACCAAUGUGUGCAGUUGGUUAGGAUCCUGUGCAUACGAUCAAGUGCAUGCAUAAGUAACGUAGUGAGGGUACUACAAGUGGCUGAGGGCUUCUAAAUCACAUGGACACCGACAAAACAGUGUCUAGAUACCAUAUAGUGCUGCGUAUGCGCAAACCUUGCCCUCAGGCUUACAAUUACUUGACAAUGGGAUACUAGGUAUACUAAGUCCCAUAGUAUACCUGCUCUGGAGCACUUUGAGAACCAUGAGAAUGCAGAGAACGCAUUAUUAUCGCAACAUAGUAUACAGUAAUAUUAUAUGCAUAGUCAGCAUAUUUAGUGACAUUUACACAAAGUAAUAACCCACUUUUCCCAUGUACCUCCCAUGUACUGUCCAUGUAGAUCUUAUCAACUAGUGUCUAAUAGUCAUUAUAAUGACUAAUGGCUUUAUUAGUAGGAAUGCAUACAAUUUGUUGGACUCUAUACACUUGUAACAGUUACACGAUGUGGACAUAAUUGUUAUAGACACUGUUUAGGAAGUUUCUAGAAUCCCUAUAGUUGUAGUAUAUCCCAACGUAGUGAGGGCAGGUUUGAUAGAACACUACUUUUAGCCAAUCAGUUUGCAAGAUUUGUGGCUAACACGAUCUUAAGUACAGUUAGAAUGCAGUUUUCCGUGUGUCAGUCCGUCACUAAUUGCUUAAUGUGAUAGAGUCCCUCACAUUCCAUAUGGUUGGUUGGUCACACACUUACUUUAUUAGUAGAAAUGUGAUCUGUAGAACUAUCUACAUGUAGUACUGUAUAGAUCAGAGGCCGCGGCUACUAAAUGUUUCAUUUUGCUGGAAGAGGAGGCUAUACAAUUCGAGAGUCCACUGUUCAAGAGCAGAGUUUAUUAGCCCCAGCUAAUUCAACAAACCUUUAGUUUGUCUUUUUACUCGAACUCUGCCAUGAGAACGUUUUUUGAAAGUACUAACAAACUACUAUCGUAGAAUAUAUAAUUAUGUGCACUAUAGCUUUUCAGCUAACUAGCGUAAAGCUAAUUUAUAAGUUUAUUUAAACUUUUUGCGAACAGAUGGUGCUAUAGCUUUCAAAAUUAGCCAUUACUUGAGAAAGAAGCUUUAGUUCGUAAAUCCAUGAAAAAUCGCAAGAGAACAUGGCUAGAAGCUUAUACAAACUGUUAGUUAUCGUCAGAUUGCAACCAUGCAUUGAGCAGUUACUUCUGGAACAGACACACACACAGUCAUAACAGCUUUACCCUAUUCCUUAUGCGGCUAUAUGUCUCGAGGCAUAACAAUAGUUUGUGGCUUAGCUAGACUCGUUAGGCUACAUGCUAGUCACAUGAGACUACCUGCUACUGACAAUCACUGUGCUUGUACGACAUCUACAGUGACUCCAUCUACUAGUGAUUCUGCCUCUUGUAAAUGUUGAUGUAUCAAACAGUUUUAGAAUUGGUUGCUAUAUAUCCUCUGUAUACGACUACAACUCAAGAUGAAGUGGUUGAGUGUCCUUGCUCUGUGUGCUGCUCUCUUCAUUGCAGCCACACAUGCCAGCCAUCUCCAAGAUGAAGAGGGAAUGAUGGAUCGUGCUGCUGAAGAAAGACUCUUGCGAAUUCUACUUAGCAACAAAAUGGAUGCUGAAAAUGAAAAUGAAAUCGAUCUAGUUGACAAAGAAGCUGCUGUAAACAGAGGCACUGUCACAAGGAAACUCGGCACAGCUCAGAACAAAGCCAGCUCUCAGUACGCGUGCUCCUGCGGUUGCUGCGGUAGGAAUUCUUGGCUACCUUGCAACUGUCAAUGGUGGCAGAAGUGAUGUACUCAAGUACUGUCAGGAAUAAAAAGAUCAACAAUUAUAGUGUAAACAAUUCAUCAGUGAUUUAUCGUUAGUUGCAUAUAGCUAUGUUAUACAGGGAUCUGUAUUGCUACACUGUGUGUGUACACAGCUUGUGUUAAAUAAGAUCAUCAAUGUGCGUGCUCGUAGAAUUAAAGUGCUGUGAAAAAUGGUGCAUGUGUUUUACAAUACAAUUAUACUGUGUAAAUGGGCUUGGAAAAGUGACUUUUCCGAGCCUUUUUGGUCACUUGUGAGGCUAGCCUCAAUUCCAGGCCGCAUUACAACACAGCCUGGUACUAAGAGUGCAUAAGAAGAAAAGAGUGUCGAACUACUGAUACUUCUACACAAACACUUGUGCACAAAGUAAACAUGACUCGCAUGUGAUAAAGUAUUGUAAAUUUACUAGUGUAGGGAAGUAUUAUAAUAUCUAGCUGUCUAUUAUAUAUAGGGAAGUAUGUAUAUAUUUAUCUGCCAUAUUUUAAACAUGCUAGUAUAGUGUUACAUUAUAGAUGGCCUCGUGAUGAAACUACCGGUGCACUAAAACAGGCUUCAUGGGCACUAAGCAGCUAGGUUUCAUGAAUUGUAGAAAAGCAGGCUUCUGUAGUAUAGGAAAGUAUAUAAAUAUCUGUCUAUUAAUAGAAUAGGAUGGGUAAUAGUAUAAAAUGACUAAGUUUAUAAGGUUGGCAGGCGUUAUUGUAGCUCGUUCUGACAAAAUGAAGGUUCUCGUGCUUGUGGUCCUGACUACUCUCCUCAUAGGAGUCACCAAGGCUGCUUCUUAUAAAGUGAAUCAAAAGAAAGUGCUCGAAACUCUUCUUCUGAACAGACUCUCGAAUGAAGCAUUGAAACAAGAUGAGCAGGAGACGGUCAUGGCUCAGAAUCACCAGGCUAGUAAGGCUCUAUUGAAUUUGAUGAAGAUGCUCAACCUGGUGGAUAAGAGUGCCACUUUGCAGUCGUAUUGUGUUUGUGUCACGUCACCUUGCCCUUGUGAUACCGGCGUCUUCCCCUCCUUCCCUAAUGGUCGCUGAACAAUGUGUGAAGGAGCUAGAAAACCAGGAUUAACCAUGUGUAGUUUAGUUUGUGAUUUUGUUUCCAUACUGUACAUUAUAAUGUUUCCUACUUGGUGCAAAUUACCGUCUUAGGCUGUAGAUUGAAUAUUAUACGUACGCUUGCUUUGUGACACUUUGUUAUUAAAUCCUCAGCAGCUACUAAAUUGACCUUUUUGUACGAUUUGUGGGAAUUUAUAAUAUCAUGACAUUGUAAUGUAGCUGGUUUGUGCAUAACACUGCUUUGCUAGACUAUUAUUUGCAAUGAGAAUAA